UCAUGUAACUCCUCUGAGCCUGAGUCUUCAUUUGUAACAAUGGUAGUGUCCAACACGGUGGCCUUCCGGUCUCUCAAAACCUCUGGCACCCGUGACCUUUGCCUCCUGCCUGGACUUAGCAGAGUGCUGGGCUUGCACAUGCUUGAUCUCUCUCCUUCCCAGAUUUACCUACAGAGAUCUCUGUUGUUUUCCAAAAGGGAAAGGGUAUGAUCCCUGUCAUCCCUGCCUUUCAGUUUCAGGAAUCAGUGACCUUCAAGGAUGUGGCUGUGGAAUUCACUCCAGAGGAGUGGAAGCAACUGGAUGCUGCUCAGAGGAACUUGUUCAGGGAGGUGAUGCUGGAAAACUACAGGAGCCUCGUCUCCUUGGGUAUUAUCUCUCAUUUGGAGAGAGGAGGAGCACCAUGGAUUCCAGAGAGAGCUGUCCCAGGAGAUGUCUUUCCAGAGUGUCUUUGUCCAGAUACUGGGUGUGAAACAAGAAAGUCAGCUCCAAAUCAUGGCAUUUCUUUAGGAGAGACAGCCAAGGGAAGACUCCGGAGGGAAGGUCCCUGGGAUUGUAAGUUUGUAGAACCCUGGGGAUAUGAUGUGAGCUUAGAGCAACAGAAUGGCAAACAUGAAAAACAAUCGCAGCAGGUAAAAAUCACCCACAGGAAAAAUGCAUUUGGAAAAGACUUUGAUCUGGAGUCAAUCCUGAUUCCAAAAAACAAAGUCCAUAUGGGGAAAAGUUUGCACCAAUGUGACACCCAUCUAAAGAACUUCAUACAAUGUUCAGGCAAAAGUAAACUGCAUGGAAUUUUUGUUAAGAGAACACUUUGUAAUUCUCAUAAUUACAAAAAGCCAUUUGGUUGCCACUCAGAUCUUAUUCAGCAUCACAAGAAAAAUGCCAAAGGAAAAUUAUGUGGAUGUGAAGAAGUGUUUAGCAGUAACUCAUCUCUUAAAAAUCAAACCAUAAUUCAUGCUGCACAGAAACCCUUUCAAAAUAAUGAAUAUGGAAAAUCCUUUAGCUGGCCUGGAGAUCUAAGUGAACAUAAGAGAAUUCACACUGGAGAGAAGUCCUAUGAAUAUAGUGAGUGUAGGAAAACCUUUAGUUGCUAUGGCAAUGGAGACUUUACUAAACAUAAGAGAGUUCAAACUGGCGAGAAACUCUUUGAAUGUAAUGUAUGUAGGAAACCUUUUAAGCGGCGUGGAGACCUUAAUAAACAUAGGAGAAUUCAUACUGGGGGGAAACCUUUUGAAUGUAAUGAAUGUGGGCACUCCUUUAAACAGCCAGGACACCUUUCUGGACACAAGAGACUUCACUCUGAAAAGAAAUCCUUUUAAUGUAAUGAGUGUGGGAAGUCCUUCGUGCUCUGGAUACCUUACUAAACAUAAGAGAAUCCAUAACAGUGAGAAACCUUUUGAGUGUAAUG